CGAUGACAGUUGUCAAGUGACAAGAUGAGAUGUGAAGUCAAGAAUCACAAAACAGUAGUUAUUGCGAAAAAAAAUUCGUGUAGUUUUUUGCCCGUAUAUUAAAAUGUAUGUAAUUAUAAUUAAAUAACAUUUAGCGUCUUCUGGUUGGAUUUGAAUGGAAGAUCUUUGUGUUUAUACCCAUAUUGAAUAUUUUGUUUAGUAAUACAGUGAUAGGUUUAGCUUUUCAUUCUGUCGAACCAGACGGAUAAUAUUUUCUUUAAUAUUAUAGUCUACUUUUAAAGUUACGAUGGAGAAUAAAGAAGGAGUAGACCACUUAGUGGCAUUAAAAGUAAUGAGGCUUACAAAGCCAGCACUUAUAAGCCCCAAAAUCGUAACAUGCGAUUUUAAAGAUUUACCAGGAAAUAUACUUAACAAUUAUUUAAAAGAUGAUGCUACAUCUGUUGUUCAAAUGGAAACUCUGGCUGCUGGACAGUUUCUGUUGCUGCCUCAAAGCUUUGGUAAUAUUUAUUUAGGUGAAACAUUUUCUUGUUAUGUUUGUGUUCAUAAUGAAACAAAUCAACCCGUUCAAAGUGUUUCUAUUAAGGCUGAUUUACAAACGAGUUCUCAAAGGAUCCCUUUGGCUACCCAGCAACAUCAAUCCCCAGUAAUGUUAGACAUUGAUGAAACCUUAGGUGAUGUGAUACACCAUGAAGUUAAGGACUUGGGCACACACAUAUUAGUUUGUGAAGUAACAUAUAUGUCCAACUACAACACUCUUGCUUCAUUCAGGAAAUUUUUCAAAUUUGAAGUUAUGAAGCCACUGGAUGUUAAAACUAAGUUUUAUAAUGCAGAGUCAGAUGAAGUUUUUCUUGAAGCUCAAGUACAAAAUAUAACGUCUGGACCAAUUAUAUUGGAGCAAGUAUCCCUUGACAGUUCACAGCAGUUUACAGUUAGAUCAUUGAAUGAAACGUCUGAUGGCAAGUCAGUAUUUGGAGAGGUUACCUUACUUCAACCUCAAGAGAGCUGUCAGUAUUUAUAUUGCCUUUCACCUAAGCCUAAUAUAGCUUCAGAUAUAAAACUUAUUGCUACAGCAAAGAAUAUUGGUAAAUUGGAUAUUGUGUGGAGGUCUAAUUUAGGAGAAAAGGGGAGGUUACAAACAAGUCAACUACAGAGGAUGACUCCAGAAUAUGGUGACAUACGAGUGAUAUAUGAAAAUUUGCCCAGCAAGGUCCCUCUUGAUGAACCAUUUAAUUUUAAAUGUAAAAUUGUAAAUGCAAGUGAGAGAACAUUAGACCUAAUUCUAAAGCUUCGUUCACAUCAAGACUCCAGUUUAAUUUGGUGUGGAAUCUCCAAUAGGAAACUGGGGCCGUUGGAACCUGGAAAUAUAACAUUCAUUAAUUUGACUGCUUUGCCUAUAAAUACGGGUCUGCAUAGUAUAACAGGAAUUUCAUUAAUGGAUUUAUUUUUGAAAAGAACCUAUGAUUACGAUGAUAUGGCUUCUGUUUAUGUAUAUUAGAAUCAAUUUUAAAUUGUUCUUACAGUAGCUGUUUGUUACAAUAAGACAGUAUCUAUUAAAUCGUUAGUAGUUUUCCAAUAGGAUAAGUCAGUUUUUUAUUUUAGAAAAUGUAUAGAAGUACCAUUAUUUUAUAUUACCUAAUUGUUAAGCUAUUUGCAAUAUUUAGUUGAACUAGAAAUAUAUUGUGAAAUUUACAGUUAUUGUGGAAUUAAUAAAAAAACUAUAAUA